AUGAGCGCUGCAACAAAGGAAACGUUGGCGGAGAUCAACGCUAAACACUUCGACAAGGUUAGCCCCGGCGAUUGGCAGCAAUGGGUCCGCGACCUCCACGGACAAGUCGUCGAAUUUCUCAUAUCACCCGAAUUUCCAGCUUGGCUUGGGCUACCAAGCCAAGGUACAUGCCGGAUGCUUGACUACGCGUGUGGAGACGGAGUCAUCUCUAAGGGGCUUAAGCGGCAUUGUUCUUCGGUUGUCGGUGUCGACGUCUCUGGUAGCAUGCUGGACAAGUACCGGAAGACAGCCGCCGACCUAGGCUGUAGCACUGACGAGAUGGUCGGUGUACGCGGCGACCUGCUAGCCGAUAACGUACAGCCAACAGACCCGCCGCUGCCUGAGGAAAUGUUGCACAAUUUUGACCUCGUCGUCAUUAGUAUGGCCUUGCACCAUUUUGAAAAUCCCGAGCGUGCCUUGCAGCGGCUUGCAAUGCGUCUGAAGGUAGAUGGCGUGCUUAUGGUUAUAGACUGGACCCCUCUUGAUCUCAGUACACCAGCCCAGUGCCGGUAUGAAGAGGAAUUGAGAGAGCGUGGCGAGAGCUUGGAACCUGACGGCUUCACGGAGGCGGAUAUGAAGGGCCUGUUUAAGCAGGCUGGAUGCGGAGAAGUUAGAUGGAAGCUGGCGGAACAGUUAAGCCCCGUUCCUGUGGCUGGUGCCAAAGGCCAGUUGUUCUGGGCUCGAGCGCAGAAGUUGGCGUAA